AACAAAAUCUUGGUGUUGCGAAUACCUACGGCUUUCACCAUCUCCCCUUCCUUCUGCAAUCAAACGGAUCUCAAAUGUUUGCUGCUUCGAUGAGAACACUAAUCUCGCCAUCUCUUGCGCCUUUCUCUCUUCAUCUCCCUAAACCUGCUCUCUUCUCUAGUCUUCUUCGCGUCUCCCGUUAUCCUCUCACCGAUUCCGCCUUCGCGCUCAGCAGAUUCCCCGUCGAUUCGCAUCGCUCUACGGUUUCCAGCAGAGAGUUAAAGACGGAUGCGGCAUCCAAGUCGUUCUCCUCCUUCUCCGCUCCCGGAGAGAUACACGUCGUCGUCGGUCCUAUGUUCUCCGGUAAAACCACGACGCUUCUCCGCCGUAUGCUCGCGGAGAGGGAAAUGGGGAAAAAGAUAGCGAUUAUCAAAUCGGAUAAAGACACAAGGUACUGUGUUGAGUCGAUAGUGAGCCACGACGGAGAGAAAUUCCCUUGCUGGGCUAUUCCGGAUUUAGCGUCUUUCAGAGAGAGAUUCGGAUUGGACGCGUAUGAGAAUCAAUUGGAUGUGAUUGGGAUCGACGAAGCUCAGUUCUUCGGAGACCUGUACGAGUUUUGCCGCGAAGCUGCUGAUAAGGAGGGCAAAACGGUAAUUGUAGCUGGAUUGGACGGGGAUUAUCUGAGGAGGAGGUUCGGGUCGGUGCUGGAUAUAAUUCCGAUUGCGGAUACGGUGACGAAGCUGACGUCACGGUGUGAGGUGUGCGGGAAGAGAGCUUCGUUUACGCUGAGGAAGACGGAGGAGAGAGAGACGGAACUGAUCGGAGGAGCCGAAGUGUAUAUGCCGGUGUGUCGGAGUCACUAUGUGAGCGGUCAAGGCGUUUUGGAGACCGCUCGUGCCGUUUUAGGUUCUUCCCAACAAAACGCAGCGCAACGCACGAUGUAGCAACAUGUCUCUCCCCUCCAUUUGAAUAGGCGUUUUGUUAAUUCAAACCCUCUAGAAGAAAUUUUAUUUUGGCUUUAGAAUAGCAAGAAAAUAUGUUUAAUAAAGGGUUUUUAUUAGAUCAGUUAUUAGCUCUGGUUUUCAAAUUUUCAUGUACUACUAAUUUAUUUUUCCCGGUCAAAAAUGUAUAACUAUUUAAUCAGUGAAACCUAUGUCCCAUUUCGA